AUGCCCAAGUCUAUGCAGUCGUACCACAGCGUCGACGACUACGAUGCCGACGCUGACUAUGCUGCCGAGCAACGUGAACGCGACGACACCUUCAGUACCACUACGCCUACAUCACCCACGCUCACUUUCAGUGCCCAGCGACCGAAUCGCGCCUCGGACACGGACCUCACCAGGUCACGAGAGAGCAUCAAUGAGCGGUCCAGUUUGCUAGGUCCCCCCCAUCUACGUAAUGCUAGAUCUUACAAGAGCCUGCCCGCAACCACGCCUGGCACGCCGCGGCCGGGCAUGACGCGCAACAACAGCCAGUUGCCUACCAGCUCGCGCGUGCGUGCCAGCAGGAGAGGCUCCAUGACGGGCGGCCAUGGCUUCAGUCAGCGCCUGGUGAAUGCUUUGGGCGAGCGAGGCGCCGGACUAGAGCAGAGCAUGCAUUCAACAAAGGCAUCGCUCUUCCAGGACAAUCGUGUGUGGUAUGAUCAGUUUACCUCGACCGAUUGGGUCCAUGAUAACAUCGCCGACGCAUAUCGAGUCAAGGCGCUGCGGAGUAGAAAGGACAUCAAAGGCCGCAUCGCCGCUUGGUUCGACGGUGCUCAGGGCUGGAUUCUCGUUGCCCUCAUCGGCGUCCUGACAGCCGUGUGCGCCUACUUUGUCAACACCACUGAGACGGCUUUGUUUGACCUGAAGCAGGGAUACUGCACAACAGGCUGGACUCGGAGCCGCAAGUCUUGCUGCGCCGGUGCCUCUAUAUGCUCCGACUGGCUCCACUGGUCUGAAGCUGUCCGCAAUGACAAGCUGGAUCUGGUCCAGACGCAAUAUGGCUUCUUCGUCCUUUCAGUCGUGCUGCUCUCAAUGGCCUCUUGCUUGCUAACCCUCACCACCAAAACUGUCAUCCCAUCUGCCAUUUCGCUUGCCACGCUCGACGAGAACCUUGGGGCCGAUGUGCGCAGAUACUCUGAUCAGCAGGACGAAGAAGACGGGAAACGCAACAGCAGCCCCGGUACGAGGUUCGAGGAGGCGCAGAGUCGCCCGCCCAUGGUGUAUUAUUCUGCCGCCGGUAGUGGAGUUGCCGAAGUCAAGGUCAUUUUGAGCGGCUUCGUUCUCCACGGUUAUCUGGGUGUGCGCACGCUCUUCGUCAAGACUCUGGCCCUGAUUCUCAGUGUCGCCUCAGGUCUCAGUCUCGGCAAAGAAGGUCCCUACGUGCAUAUCGCAACCUGCAUUGGUAACAUUGCCUGUCGUAUCUUUUCAAAAUACAGCAACAACGACGGGAAGCGCAGGGAGAUCUUGAGUGCUAGCGCUGCUAGUGGUGUCGCCGUUGCCUUUGGUGCUCCUAUUGGCGGAGUACUUUUUAGCCUGGAAGAAGUCAGCUACUACUUCCCGUCGAAGACGCUAUUCAGAACCUUCUUUUGCUGCAUUGCUGCUGCUUUGUCCUUGAAGUUUCUAGAUCCUUAUGGCACAAAGAAAAUUGUGCUCUUCGAGGUACGAUACCAUUUGGAUUGGAAGUUCUUUGAACUGGCCACCUUCAUCUUCACCGGUGCUGUUGGAGGUGUUCUCGGCGCGCUCUUCAUCAAAGCAUCGCGCAUCUGGGCAAGGACAUUCCGUCGCAUACCCGUCAUCAAGAAGCAUCCGCUUCUCGAGGUGUUUCUUGUCGCGCUUGUCACCGGUCUGGUCAGCUUCUGGAAUCGAUACACCAAGCUUGCCGUUACAGAACUCCUUUUUGAGCUAGCCAGUCCCUGCGAUACUUAUACGGCCUCCGGAGAUGGCCUGUGCCCCACUAUCGAGCAUAUUCCGGAAGUCCUCAAGGUCCUGUUCUUCGCAUUCAUCAUCAAGGCCAGUCUGACUGUCGUCACCUUUGGAAUCAAGGUACCAGCCGGCAUCUACGUACCUUCCAUGGUCGUUGGUGGCCUUGCUGGUCGCUUUAUCGGUCACACGGUCCAAUACAUUGCUUUCCGUUUCAGCCACCUAGGUCUCUUUAGCGAGUGCUCACCUGAUGGGCCACCCGGCUCAUGCGUCGUUCCCGGUGUCUAUGCUCUGGUAGCUGCUGGAGCGACAAUGACUGGUGUCACCCGCUUGAGCAUCACUCUGGCAGUCAUUCUAUUCGAACUUACAGGUAGCUUAGACCACGUAUUGCCCUUUUCUCUAGGUAUUCUCGUUUCCAAGUGGGUAGCCGACGCCAUCGAACCGCUUAGCAUCUACGACCUGCUCACAGACAUGAACUCCUACCCUUUCCUUGAUAAUAAAGUCCGGCCCAUCUUCACCUCCGAGCUAAACGACAUUACGACUGGCAGAAGGAAAGACCAUAUCAUCGAUAUCUCAGAGGAUGCUCUCAUUCCUGCGGUCGAGCUGCGCGCAAAGCAACGCAAUCUCCAAAUGGCUGGAGAAUUAGAUGGCGGUCUAGCGAUUGUCAAGCAUGGCAUCCUCGUUGGACUCAUCCCGGCGCCUGACCUGGAGUUUGCACUUGACAAGCUUGAGAACGAAGAUAACACGCUUUGCCUCAUGUCGCCACGCGUGGAUUGGGCUGCGGGGCGAGAGCCACACGACGAAGAAGAGCCAGAAGCGUAUGACCCGAGUGACUUCACGCCAUACAUUGACCCAGCACCUGUAGCCUUGGACGUUCACUCGCCCAUGGAUCUGGUAUACGAGUGUUUUGUGAAACUUGGACUGCGGUACAUUUGUGUGCUUAGAGAUGGCAAAUACGCCGGUUUGGUUCACAAAAAGACUUUCGUCAAGUACGUAAAAGAGCUUGAACACCAAGAGAAGGCUGCACGACACAUCUAG